AUGGCCAUCUGGAACCCGUUCGCCUUUCGGCCCUGGCCCGUCUUCUUCUGGACCACAGUCACCUACCUAGCCAUCCUCAUCCCGCUCCUCUACGUCCAUGAGACGGUCCCUGCGAUACCCAAGCAUGAGGCGCUGCCGGCCGGCGUCAACCUCACGGAUGCCUGGAUCGACCUACAGCGCAUCACCGCGCACUACCAUCCCUACAACAGCCAUGCCAACGACGAGGUUCGCGAGUAUCUCGCUAAGCGCGCGAGGCAGAUUCUGGACCAGAACAAGGCCCUUUACACCGUUGACCGUUCUGGCGGCCGAGUAUGGAGGGCCGACGCGCGCACAGCUGCCGGGAACGCGCCCAGUGUAACACUGUUCGACGACCAAGUCUCCAACGCGACGUUCAUCACCGAAAACACCGUCAAGGGCCGCAAGGCUGACACCCAGUCUGGACAAUAUUUUGAGGGGACCAACCUCUACGCCUACAUUCGCGGCAAAGAGGACCCGGAGGGUGAAUGGUGGAGCUCCGAUGACGCCGCCGAGACAUUCCGAGGCAAGGGUGGUGUCCUCGUCAACUGUCACUACGAUUCUGUUGCCACCGCCUAUGGCGCUACUGACGAUGGCAUGGCUUGCAUCACCUUGCUGCAGCUGCUGAGCCACUAUACCACUGAGGGAAACCAGCCAAAGCACGGCAUCGUUCUCCUGUUCAACAAUGCCGAAGAAGAUGGUCUACUCGGAGCCAUUGCUUUUGGAUACAGCCCAUUGCGCCAAUUCUGCCAUACAUUUGUCAACCUCGAGGGCGCCGGAGCUGGUGGCCGUGCCAUGCUAUUUCGCACCACGGACUUGGAAAUUGCCAAGGCAUAUGGCUCUACUCGACAUCCUUUCGGCUCCAUCAUUGCCGCAGACGCCUUUGAGUCUGGCGUCAUCAAGAGUGGUACCGACUAUCAGAUUUUCGCUGACCACUAUGGCCAGCGCGGCAUGGACAUUGCGUUUUAUUCACCGCGCUCACGAUAUCACACAGAGGACGAUGACACCCGACAUGCUUCGGUGAGCAGCAUAUGGCACAUGCUCUCCGCCGCCCUUUCCUCUACAAAGUCGCUCUCUGAAACCACUGGUACUCUGUUCCAUGGCGAUCGCGCUGACAACAGAAACGACUUGGUCCAGAAUGGCAAGCCGACGCGUGGUGUGUGGUUCGACUUCUUCGGCAGCGCCUGGGCCGCUUUUGCGCUUAGGGGCCUCUUUGCCUGGACCCUGACGCUCCUUAUUGCCUCGCCACUCAUUCUAUUCAUUGUUACUGUCCUUUUGAUCAAGCAAGACAAGUACUACUUCUUUGCGAGCAGCACCCAGGCAGACUCUGGCUUGACCGACAGUCUUCUCGCUCUGAAUGGCUGGCGCGGGUUGUUCCGUUUUCCUUUCGCUCUCAUAUUCGCCUCUGCCCUUACCUUUGGUUCCAUUAGACUCGUGGGUAAAGUCAAUCCGCUCAUCAUUUACAGCAGCAAUUACGCAGUCUGGGCCAUGUCCAUCUCAAUAUUCUACUCUUCGUUUUGGCUCAUCAUGCGGGGCUCCAGCUACGUUCGCCCAAGCGCCCUUCACCGCGGCUAUUCUUUAAUUUGGCUUUUUGUGUUAACCUGGGCUUUUCAAAUCUUUGUCGCGGUCUGCGAAGACCGCUUUCACGUUGGAGCCUUUUAUUUUGCCGCCUUCUUCCACACUGGCGUCUUCUUGGCUGUUCUCAUCUCGCUCCUGGAGUUGUUUGCACUCCCGUCCAAGUCCGCCUUUGCCAGACAGGUGCAAGAUGCGGAUCCCCCCAGCAACCACAUCGCAAGCAUCGAUCAGAAUAACGACGGCGCCCACGACGACAACGAGGAGGAGGAAGAGCCGACAGAAGAAACCCCUCUCAUAGCUGAUGAGGAGGGCCACAGUGGAGCCGACAACGAGGACCAAACCACUUUUGCUACAACUUAUAGAAGAAGACCUGCUCCUGCUGAUGAUGGCCUGAAAAAGGCGACGGCUCCAACUCGUGAGCCGUACGCUAACGAGCAAUCCUGGUCCGGUCGCCUUCCAAGCUGGACUUGGUUCCUUCAGUUGCUCGUCCUUGCUCCCAUUCAUCUUAGCAUCACCGCGAACACGGCUCUUGUGCAGACCGCUGCCAUGGCUCAGACGAGCGUUGAUGGUAGUGACAAGCUUCUACCUCUGCUGGCUGUCGGACUUUUGACUAUUGUUCUGUUACUUCCCUUGACACCUUUCAUACACCGUGUCAAUCACCAACUGCCAACUUUCUUGUUCCUGGCAUUCAUCGGCACGCUCGCCUACAACUUGUUGGCUUUCCCAUUCUCCUCCGACUACCGAUUCAAAUAUUUCUUUCAACAGACAAUCGACGUGGACAAGGAUACGAACCAAGUCUCCAUCUACGGCAUUCCGGAAUACACCCGCGAGAUUAUCCAAGCGCUUCCCGGAGCAGCUGGGCAGAGCAUAGAAUGCAAGGCAAGCAAAUCUCGCGUCGGCCUUUGUGUCUAUGACGGAAGCGCGCAGCCUCCUAACGUGGCACCGGGGUUUGAAACCAGAGACCUUGUGACGCUUCGUGCUUCUAAAUCUUCCGACGGCAAGUCUGUCAAUCUGCAGCUAGACGCCAUCGAUACCAGGACGUGCACCAUCAGCUUCUCGUCACCCGUGUCCGGAUUUGCCGUGGAAAAUGCUGCGCCGAUUGAGAAACGACCUUCGGAUGGAAUCAACAGCGUGCGACUGUGGCGACGCAGAUGGGAAGGCCCAUGGAAUGUAACUUUACAGCUCGGUAGCAGCCGUAGCCUUGCAGAUUCUGCUGUGGAGGAGGAAGAGGAGGAUAUCUUUGCCAGUGAGGAGCUCAAGAUCAGGGGGGAUGCUUUUGAAGUGACAGCAAGCUGCAGUUGGAGCGACGCCAACGUGGCCUCCACCAUCCCUGCUUUUACAGAAUUCAAGCGGUACGCGCCACGGUGGGCUGUGCUAUCUAAAGCGAGUGUCGGCCUGGUCGAGGUGAAGAAGACGAUCAAGGUUUGA